UUAGCUAAUGAAGAACGAGUGCCACGCCAACUUGAUUUAACACCAUACGAUGAUACGGCAGUGAAGAUUCUGGUGGAUUAUCUGAACGACGAUAAACAAUUCAAUGUUAAACUCACGUUUUAUGCGCUCGCUGAUUUGCUCGAUUUGUCAUUAUCGCUACAGAUCACUCAGUUGAUCGAUCAACUCAAUGAGACGGUGCUGAAGUUAGCGUGGCAAUCCACAGAUGCCCUCCUACAAGCGUUAAUAAUGUUGGGCUCAGAGCGUUUCAUCAGUGCUGCUGUCAAGAUUCAACCUGAACUUGAAGCAAUGGCCGCUCAAUUGUUCCGUAGAAUUGCCAAACAUCGAAUGCUCUCAAUAAUAUCACCAAUCAUUUUUGGUAAUAUUAUCUCCAGAUGCGAUCUGGACGUUGAAUCCGAAAUGGAUGUAGUUGACGCUGGACUGGUGUGGUGUUGGGGUCAAAAAAAUCGUUUAGAAGCAUGCAAUCUGGUAUUCUCAAGGAUUCGCACACUGUUUCUUUCAGUUGGUGAUAAGGCAACAAUUCGACAACGAAUCAUUGAACUACCUGACGGAGAAAAGGUGCUUUCACUGGUUUCAUCGCUGCUUUCGAGUGGAAACGGUCGCAGAUGUUGCGUUAUAAAAGAACAUAAGAGACGGCGACACGUCAGAUGUUCUAUACCCAUUAUAAAUCGAGACAGAUCCAUUGACAUGGCUAAAUUACCUUUGUAA